GCGCGCCUGCGCAAGGACGGGUGGCGGGGGCGGGCUUUGCCGAACGCCGAGCUGCAGCCGCCGAGCCGGACGUGUCCGCGAAGAUGGCGGGCCGGAGUAUGCAAGCUGCAAGAUGUCCUACAGAUGAAUUAUCUUUAACCAACUGUGCAGUUGUGAAUGAAAAGGACUUCCAGUCUGGCCAGCACGUGAUUGUGAGGACCUCUCCCAAUCAUAGGUACACGUUUACCCUGAGGACUCAUCCAUCAGUGGUUCCAGGGAGCAUUGCAUUCAGCUUACCUCAGCGAAAAUGGGCUGGACUUUCUAUUGGGCAAGAAAUAGAAGUUUCCUUAUAUACAUUCGACAAAGCCAAACAAUGUAUUGGCACAAUGACCAUCGAGAUUGAUUUCCUGCAGAAAAAGAACAUUGACUCCAACCCUUAUGACACUGAUAAGAUGGCCGCAGAAUUUAUUCAGCAGUUCAACAAUCAGGCCUUCUCAGUGGGACAACAGCUUGUGUUCAGCUUCAAUGAAAAGCUUUUUGGCCUACUGGUGAAGGACAUUGAAGCCAUGGACCCUAGCAUCUUGAAGGGAGAGCCUGCAACAGGUAAAAGGCAGAAGAUUGAGGUAGGACUGGUUGUUGGAAACAGUCAAGUUGCAUUUGAAAAAGCAGAAAAUUCAUCACUCAAUCUUAUUGGCAAAGCUAAAACCAAGGAAAACCGCCAAUCUAUCAUUAAUCCUGACUGGAACUUUGAAAAAAUGGGAAUAGGAGGUCUGGACAAGGAAUUUUCAGACAUUUUUCGAAGAGCUUUUGCUUCCCGAGUAUUUCCUCCAGAGAUUGUAGAGCAGAUGGGUUGUAAACAUGUUAAAGGCAUCCUAUUAUAUGGACCCCCAGGCUGUGGUAAGACUCUCUUGGCUCGACAGAUUGGCAAGAUGUUGAAUGCAAGAGAGCCCAAAGUGGUCAAUGGGCCAGAAAUCCUUAACAAAUAUGUGGGCGAAUCAGAAGCUAACAUUCGUAAACUCUUUGCUGAUGCUGAAGAGGAACAAAGGAGGCUUGGUGCUAACAGUGGUUUGCACAUCAUCAUCUUUGAUGAGAUUGAUGCCAUCUGCAAACAGAGAGGGAGCAUGGCUGGCAGCACAGGGGUUCAUGACACUGUCGUCAACCAGCUGCUUUCCAAGAUUGAUGGAGUAGAGCAGCUGAACAACAUCCUGGUCAUUGGAAUGACCAACAGACCAGAUCUGAUAGAUGAGGCUCUCCUUCGACCUGGAAGACUGGAAGUUAAAAUGGAGAUAGGUUUGCCAGAUGAGAAGGGUCGACUACAGAUCCUACACAUCCACACAGCAAGGAUGAGAGGGCAUCAGUUACUCUCUGCUGACGUAGACAUUAAAGAACUUGCCGUGGAGACCAAGAAUUUCAGUGGUGCUGAACUGGAGGGUCUGGUGCGAGCAGCACAGUCUACUGCUAUGAACAGACACAUAAAGGCCAGUACUAAAGUGGAAGUGGACAUGGAGAAAGCCGAGAGCCUGCAGGUGACAAGAGGAGACUUCCUUGCUUCUUUGGAGAAUGAUAUCAAACCAGCAUUUGGUACAAACCAAGAGGAUUAUGCAAGUUACAUUAUGAAUGGUAUCAUCAAAUGGGGUGACCCAGUUACCCGAGUUCUAGAUGAUGGGGAGCUGCUGGUUCAGCAGACAAAGAAUAGUGACCGCACACCAUUGGUUAGCGUCCUUUUGGAAGGCCCUCCUCAUAGUGGGAAGACUGCUUUAGCUGCAAAAAUUGCAGAGGAAUCCAACUUCCCCUUCAUCAAGAUCUGUUCUCCUGAUAAGAUGAUUGGCUUUUCUGAGACAGCCAAAUGUCAGGCCAUGAAGAAGAUCUUUGACGAUGCGUACAAAUCUCAGCUCAGUUGUGUGGUUGUGGAUGACAUUGAGAGACUGCUUGAUUAUGUUCCCAUUGGCCCUCGAUUUUCCAAUCUCGUAUUACAGGCUCUUCUUGUGUUGCUGAAAAAGGCACCUCCUCAGGGCCGCAAGCUUCUUAUCAUUGGGACAACCAGCCGAAAAGAUGUUCUUCAGGAGAUGGAAAUGCUUAACGCUUUCAGCACCACCAUCCACGUGCCCAACAUUGCCACAGGAGAGCAGCUGUUGGAAGCUUUGGAGCUGUUGGGCAACUUCAAGGAUAAGGAACGCACCACAAUUGCACAGCAAGUCAAAGGGAAAAAGGUCUGGAUAGGAAUCAAGAAGUUACUAAUGUUGAUCGAGAUGUCCCUACAGAUGGAUCCUGAAUACCGUGUGAGAAAAUUUUUGGCUCUCUUAAGAGAAGAAGGAGCUAGCCCCCUUGACUUUGAUUGAAAACGGACUACUUGCAACACAUAGUGACCCAGGGAAGUGAGCAAGGUGAAGAUGGCCUGGGAUCUUCACUCAUCUUACUCAAGAUACUGGACUAAGCGGAACAUCUUCUACCUUCAACACGUACUUGCUCUGCAUGAUUAGUGCAAUCAAACUCCCUUCCUUGUGCUCAGAGAUCUUCUAGUAUUUUGUGGAAGGUAUUAGCUUGCUUUAGAAUGCUGUGCUUACCUUUCCAUGCAAGCUCAGAUGAUUCCUUCUUAUUCAUUCUCUGUGUGGGAAACAUCCUGUACUUGUGAACACUACACAUUUUCAGCUCUUUGCCACCAUCACCAUCCACAAACUCUCAAUAAAUAUAAUGAACAUUGCAGGAUAACACUUGGCCUAUUAGAAGGUAGGCUUUCCGCACACAAGCCAGGAGCAGUGAAUCGAGGUGUGGGUGCAGUGAUCCUUACAGCUUUCCUGAGCUAACACUAAAGGUAAUUGGGUAUUUGGUAAAGGUUUCCCCACAAAAUUGGGUUUUAUCUUUGCCCGAAAAAAUAGGGCUCUGAAUUUCUAAAAUGCUUUUCUCAAUCAUUUUCCGAGAUGUUUCCAAGUUGCAAUUAGGAGGUCUUUCUUAAUAGAAAGUCAGAUUAUUACUGUGUUGGCUGAGACUUCCCCUUCAUGUAACUAAUUUGCUCUGUGGUAAGAGAUAUGCUAAUUACUGCUUGGUAGAUGUUGUUAAAAACGUGUGAAAGGUAUGGAAAAAUGUACACCCCUAAACAGAAAAGAGUUAUCAAAAUAAAGUAAUUUACAAACCUCUCGGCACUAAUUAGUGUCCAACUCUAAGUGGGUCAAUUCUUUAGUAUAAUAUCAGCUUAUUAGCAUCACUGCUUUUCUUUUUUCUUUAGCUUAAUGACUUCCUUAGACUUUAUCCUUCCUUUAUUUUAAAUUAUCUAUACUAUUUAGUAUCUAAAUAAAACACUAUUCUCCAAAAAAAUAAGCCAUCUUCUAGCCCUCUUCCCUUAGCCCUUACUGUCCAUUCCAAUUCGUGAACACCUUCCCUGUCCCUUCCAAAGGGAAGGAGAACUCUGAGUCCUUUUGAGGGUGACUUCCGACUGACUUAGAAGGAAUUUAACUAGGUCAUCAUAUUUGGUGAUGAGACUUAAGGAGCAUGCCUCUCUUUCUCCAUUGCUGCUUAAAGUUGAAGGACAAGCAUUCAGAAGCCAUCCCCAGGUGCUCACACUACUCGCCACCUACCAGGCUUGUCAGCAUAGUGGCCCUUGGGUGUGGCUCUGUCAUUUGUCUCCAGGGUAAAAGGCAAAUCGUCUCCAAAUCUUGCUGUCUGUGUGCUUUUGCUAGAGACUUGUGUAUCAUAGCUACUUUGUGCUGGGUUUUCAUCCCUAGCUUAUUUUGUGGCUUUUUAAGAAGUGGAUUGUAUUGUGAAAUUCUGUGAUUCCUGGUGGCCAGUAUCCUGAUUCCUCCUUUCAUGAAAACAGCACACAGUGUAUUAACUUUUGUCUCUUGUUAAAUGUGGUUAAUGUCUUUGUGUUUUGUCCAAAACUAUAUUGAAAAGUAUAAAUAAAUAUUAUAUUGUUUAAUUCAAAUGAAGGAAUGCAAUAAAGAGUAAAUCUACUUGAAAA